UUCAAUGCUGGUUCGCUGCAAGCACAAGCUAAGACAAAUGAGCGCUUGUCACUUAUCGUCAUUCUUAAUCGCUUUGACUCAAUGGACGCGCACAAAAUUCAUCACCAAAACAUCGGCUCUGCGGUCAGCGAGCUUUCAACAGGUUAUUGCCUGACCUAGUUAUAUUUAAAUCAUAACAAGCACCAACUAUUGAUUUAUAGCGCAUCAUUUCGACGACUUUGUCAACCAUGGCGGCUUGACUCACUUAUUCAUGAGCUUCCCCGAAGCACUUGACUGGCAGCAGUGUUAGAUUCUUAUCACGUUAGUUAGUAAAAGUUGAAGAAAGACCAGCUAAUAGCCAUUAGUAUUUGGUGUGCCUCAAUAUAAAAGCAAGUUCUCGGAGUUAGAAGACAACAUAAGCAAAAUGAAUACCACAAAAGUCAUACGAGAACUCGCUAUCCUGCUGCUGCUCACUGCCAGCUCGAGCCCACUUGUUCACUCGCUUCGUGCCACACCACUGCACUUCGGUGUUGCUCGUAAUGCGGACGGUGAUGGCAAAUUAGUAAUCUACGCACAGGAUGAACAACCGGCCAUGCAGGAACCGCGCCUGGAUGCAAGCGCACCAGCUAGUGAAAGCGCCAAAGACACAACAACGCCACAAGAAAGCGAACUAGAGAAGGACAGUCGCAAAUUGCCCGACUAUCUAUACUCGAAUGCUAUGCCCGUUAUGGACGAUGAGAGUAUUAAAUUUAUGCUGCCCAGUAUCGGUUUUCCUAUUUAUACUGGUGCAACACCAAAUACAGCCGCCAUACUGGACAAUCGUCUAACAUCGAAUGAUAUGCGCCGCAACUAUCCUUACUAUGAGAAUGCUUAUCAACGUUGGGCGCUUGCCGAUCGCUUACAACUCGGUUUCAAUUUGAACGGUAAUGCCGGUUUAAAUUUAUUGUCGCCUGCUACUAAAUUGCAAAAUGGUGCCAUGAAUCAAGAAAAUCCUGCUCUACAACCGCCCGCUGCCAUAUUGCCUGUGGCUGUAGUGGGGCCACCAGGUCCACCGGGACCGCCUGGACCGCCAGGCCCACGCGGACUUACCGGCGCAACCGGACCUAUGGGUAGACCUGGUCCUCAGGGACGUGCUGGCCCACCUGGACCAUCGGGUCCACCAGGACCGCAGAUAACUCAUGGUUUAAAUCAGAAUCCAAACAUUUGGUACGCAUCUAACGCUAAACCUUUGCUUCCAUUAUACCAAAAUGAAAGUUAGCUUCAUUACCGUUGACAACAAAGAGAAGAAAACACUUAAUAAAUAAAUACAGAAAUAAUUAA